AUGGUAACCUUUGCCGAGGAAAAGAUUCAACAGAAUAAUGAAGAAUGCAUCGAAAGUGUCGAUGAUAUUGAGCUCUGCUGGCUCGCAUGUCUGGGAACCUGGAAUACAGCCGCCAUCAACUCUGCAUAUUCUUUCUUAGCGGAGGACCUGGGAAUUUCAGAAGUACAAGCCUCUUAUCAGACUACAAUUGUCAUUGCCCUCAACGGCGUCGGUCCCUUUGUGUGGAUCCCUUUGGCAAAUGUUUACGGCCGUCGCUUCGUUUAUCUUCUUACCACAUUCAUCGGGUUUGCCACUGCUCUAGGCUGUGGCUUCACCCACAGCUUUGGUGCUUUAGUUGGACUGCGUGCCAUCAAUGGCAUAUUCCCCGUUUCUAUGGCCCUCGGCCCAGCCACAGUGACAGACCUAUUUUUCUAUCACCAGCGUGGGCGCGCUCUGGAGACCAUGUACUACAAGCCAAGGACCUACUCCGACUCAAAUGCCCAAUUCCCGAAACUAUCCAUGGCGAAAUACCGGGAGCUUCUCCGGCCAUGGACAAGCUUCCCUGGCGUUAAGCUCAAGGCUAAGCACUUUAUCAUACCUCCUUUUCGCAUGGCGUUGUACCCGUCGGUCCUUUUUCCGAGUCUUUAUUAUGCCUCGCAAUAUUGCUUCACUGCUAUCUUUCCAGCUGUUACAUAUGCCAUUAUUUUCAAAGCGAGAUUCGGCUGGAGUGCUUUGCAGUGUGGCUUGGCUUAUGGCGGGACCAUGACAAUCGGCGCUAUUAUCGGUGAGUUUGCCGCAGGAAUGAUUAUCGACGAUAUCGUUCACCGAGAGUCUAUCCGCUUGGGCGUAGACUCGCCUCCACCCGAAGUUCGCUUCAAGGGUAUCUGGACAGGGGCAGCUCUGAUCCCGGCAGGGCUUUUGAUAUUUGGAUUCACCAUUCAAUAUAACUCUCAUUGGUCUGGCCCACUAGCCGGUAUGUUUAUAGGCAUCUUUGGAGUUCAGGUUGUGGCGACCGUCUGCUAUACAUACAGCAUCGACUCGUAUCGCGUCGAGGGAUCUGAGGUAUCCCAGUUCUUUAACUUUUGUCGUCAGAGUACUAGCUGUACGGUCGCCUUUUAUGGUGUUAAACUGUGCACUGCUAUCGGAUUUCAAUUUGCUUUCAUCAUGUUUGCGCUCGUGGGGAGCGUGGUAGCCUUUGCGCCUGUUGUGUGGCUUAUGUGGAGAGGGGCUUGGGUAAGGGAGAAAUUGGGCAAACCGGUAAAUGUCAGUGUUGUGGAGGAAAUUAUCUCGCGUCAUCACGAGUUUCACAGGAUGCAAGGCUAG